UGCGUUAGCUACCGGUAGAGCGGGAAGCCCGGCUGCUGUGGUGUUGCUCCGUUAGGAACCACCGACUGACUCAGACAGACUCGCCCACCUCCGAGCCUUUCUUCCCCCCCUCUCUUCGCUGUCACGAACUGCUCGAGCACCAUGGACCGAGAUCACUUUGUAUACCAGGCGAAACUCGCCGAACAAGCAGAAAGAUACGAUGAAAUGGUGGAGUCCAUGAAGAGCGUCGCAGGGAAGGAUGUGGAACUGACGGUGGAGGAAAGGAACCUGCUGUCCGUGGCCUAUAAGAACGUCAUCGGUGCACGGAGAGCUUCAUGGAGGAUAAUCAGCAGCAUCGAGCAGAAGGAGGAGAGCAAAGGUGGAGAAGACAAACUCAAAAUGAUCCGCGAAUACAGGCAAACGGUGGAGAAAGAGCUGAAAUCAAUCUGUAACGACAUUCUGGAUGUACUGGACAAACACCUCAUUCCUUCAGCCAACACGGGCGAGUCAAAGGUUUUCUAUUACAAAAUGAAGGGUGACUACCACAGGUACUUGGCAGAGUUCGCUACAGGCAACGACAGGAAGGAAGCAGCCGAGAACAGCUUGGUAGCAUACAAAGCAGCCAGCGACAUCGCCAUGAUCGAGCUGCCGCCGACACACCCCAUCCGCCUGGGGCUGGCACUCAACUUCUCAGUCUUCUACUACGAGAUCCUCAAUUCUCCAGACCGUGCCUGCAGGUUGGCGAAGGCGGCGUUUGAUGAUGCGAUAGCAGAACUGGACACGCUCAGUGAGGAGAGCUAUAAGGACUCGACACUUAUCAUGCAGUUGCUACGCGACAACCUGACACUAUGGACUUCAGACAUGCAGGGAGACGGUGAAGAACAGAAUAAAGAAGCACUGCAGGACGUGGAAGACGAGAACCAGUGAGACGUCACCGCAUUGGACACUCUUUCCUCUACUUUCUGUCUCUCUCUGUCUCUCUCUCUCUCUCUUUUAUCCCAAGUCUCUGGUCCUGCCCCUCUCAGGUCUCCAUGGUAUCACCGAAAGAGCUCUGAAGUCACUCCGUCUCCCCCAACACUCACUCUUUUCUCUCCUGUAUGUCAGUUUAGCGCUCUGCUCUUUUGGGUUACACCCUGGGCAUUUCUAAAUGUUCCCCCGUCCCCCCCUUUACCCACCCUUCAACUUGGCACUAUCAGAUCCACACAUGAAUUGACCUCCUGAGUGAAUAGGUAUUGUGGAGAACUUCCCCUGCUGAUUUAUUUGUAUUAAACUCGCCGAAUGUCGUCUGUGUACGGCCUUA